AUGUGUUACACAAGAAGUAACAACAACUACUGCAACACCUACAACAACUACUGCCAUAACUACAACAACACCUACUACAAUAACUUCUACAACAUCUCCAGUAUCUACAACACUGCCAGGAACUACAACUACUGCAACACCUACCACAGCAGUUACUACAACAAAACCUACUACAAUAACAACUACGGCAAAUACUACAACAACAGCUACUCACCGACAACAAUAAUUACAACUCCUACUACAAUUACUACAACAACACCUACAACAAUUACAACACCUGCUACAAUUACUACUACAGCACCUACAACAGCAAAUACUACAACACCUACAAUAAUUACUACUACAACACCUACAACAAUAAAUACAACACCUGCUACAAUUACUACUACAGCACCUACAACAGCAAAUACUACAACACCUACAAUAAUUACUACUACAACACCUACAACAAUAAUUACAACACCUGCUACAAUUACUACUACAACACCUACAACAGCAAAUACUACAACAACGCCUACUACAAUUACUACUACUGCACCUACAACAGCAAAUACUACAACACCUACAAUAAUUACUACUACAGCACCUACAACAAUAAUUACAACACCUGCUACAAUUACUACUACAGCACCUACAACAGCAAAUACUACAACACCUGCUACAAUUACUACUACAGCACCUACAACAAUAAUUACAACACCUGCUACAAUUACUACUACAGCACCUACAACAAUAAUUACAACACCUGCUACAAUUACUACUACAGCACCUACAACAAUAAUUACAACACCUGCUACAAUUACUACUACAGCACCUACAACAGCAAAUACUACAACACCUACUACAAUUACUACUACAGCACCUACAACAAUAAUUACAACACCUGCUACAAUUACUACUACAGCACCUACAACAGCAAAUACUACAACACCUACAAUAAUUACUACUACAACACCUACAACAAUAAUUACAACACCUGCUACAAUUACUACUACAACACCUACAACAGCAAAUACUACAACAACGCCUACUACAAUUACUACUACAGCACCUACAACAGCAAAUACUACAACACCUACAAUAAUUACUACUACAACACCUACAACAAUAAUUACAACACCUGCUACAAUUACUACUACAGCACCUACAACAGCAAAUACUACAACACCUACUACAAUUACUACUACAGCACCUACAACUACAACACCAACAAGCAAUUCAACAACUACAACACCAUCAACCAAUCCAACAACAACUACAACACCAACAAGCAAUGCUGCAGGGAGCUUCCGGUUAGGGUGCACGCUGGCGCUGUUAGCUGCCGCUACCCACGGAGAAUAUUUUUAAAGAACUUUUUAAAGAACU